AUGACAGCUCCGGGCGGCCUGGUCACCAGCCAAGGCCGGAGAUUCAAGUGGGCCAUUGAGUUGAGCGGGCCCAGCAGAGUCAGCAGGGGCCGAAGUGACCGGGGCAGUGGCCAGGGAGACUCACUGUACCCGGUCGGGUACUUGGACAAGCAGGUGCCAGACAUCAGCGUGCAGGAGACGGUCCGGAUCCUGGUGGAGAAGCGCUCCUGGGACAUCGCCCUGGGCCCCCUCAAAGAGAUCCCCAUGAACCUCUUCAUCAUGUACAUGGCCGGCAACACCAUCUCCAUCUUCCCUACCAUGAUGGUGUGCGUGAUGGCCUGGCGGCCGGUCCAGGCCCUCAUGGCCAUUUCAGCCACUUUCAAGAUGCUAGAGAGUUCAAGUCAGAAGUUUCUUCAGGGUCUGGUUUAUCUCAUUGGGAACCUGAUGGGCUUGGCACUGGCUGUUUACAAGUCCAUGGGUCUGUUACCUACACAUGCAUCAGAUUGGUUAGCCUUCGUCAAACCUCUGGAGAGAAUGGAGUUCAGUGGUGGAGGACUCGUUUUGUGAACCUGAGAAACAAGCUCCUUGAACCUAAAGUAAAUGGGCCUUAUUUAUACCCUGUU